AUGGCUGACGAUCGUCGCCUUCCUCGCGAGAGGGACGCAGCUCUCACUUACCGAUCUCCUUGUUGUCCAGGUCCUGUCAUAGAAAUUUCCGACGACGACGACGACGACGAAUUCGACCUCCGACACCCACGACCUCGCGUGCCAGCUUAUCUCCCUACCCGACAUCGACGUCGAAAUAUUUCCAGCGUUGACUCUGUUUCACGUUACUCAGAUUCGGUCGAUGAUGAGCCCCCCUUCAGCGAGGAAGCUCGUCACUCUCACACCUUCCAGGUCCACAAACGCGUAAGAACUGGUCCCGACCUCGUCUGCUCACCCGGUCAGAUUGCUACGCACCACUCAGGAAGUUGGCAAGCUGCAUCGGCUCCCUCAAGUAUCACUCCGGGGGCUGGACCAUUAUACCAUGAAACUUACAGAUCAAGACCCCCGCAAAACCAAGUCGGAAAAAGACCGACCGAAUCCGGACAGCCAAACGGCCGCACUAUUCCCAAUCCUCCCACAAAGACUGCAGCGCGACCUGAAAAGAAGAAAGCGGCUCACCAGCCACCUUACUACGUCGAUGGCCGGUUUGGGGUUAAAAUGUAUCGUGGCCCUGGAUAUGAACGUUUUCCCGUUGUCCUUGGUACCGUACGAGGUCAUAAAGAAUAUUGUGAUCGCUGGGAUAUACAGCAGACCUUCAAGAUGCGGAGGAAACUUCAGGAGAUGGGCCAAGGAGUGCCCCCCUCUUACGUGAUUCGUGAUAGCGAUUCCGAAUCCCAUGACGACGCUCACAGCAACGAUGACAUCCUCACACUCGAGAAGGAAUGCUUGCGCAGCGUGCUUGAAGUCUUUCCUGACAUCGAGCAUUCUUUCGUCAUGAAGAAGAUCCAAGCCCAUCCGGCACAGCCCACUCAUUUCGAUGACGAUGAUGACGACGAGCUCAUUCCACUUGGGGCACCGCCUCUUGCUGAAAACAUUAUCGCAGAGAUCGUGGAAAUGGAGUCCUACCCCAAACAACGCCUCGUUGAUUCAGCUAUGGUGGGAAGGGCAGCCGCCGAUGAUGGUACAGGCGCCACGGUCACGUGGGACAAGAAUCUACCCAAAGGGGAUGUGUACAAGAAGGAUGCGGUGAUUUUGUUGUCCAACACAUUUGCUCACGUUCCAACUUGCUACAUUUUCAAGGUCGUGGAAGAAAAGAAUUCCAUCUUUGACGCAUACGUCCAUAUCCACGCCAUGGAAGACCAAUUUUACUCUCUCCCGAGUCCUCGGCCUUACAAUCGACUUCGCCAGCCAAGACUUCUACUGGAGAAGAAAUAUGUGCUCGGUCCUCAGGAUCGUCGCAUUCCAAACGAAUAUGCACAUCGAAUCAAUGAACUCCAAGCGGCAAAACAACACGUUGUGAGAGAGACCAUCCAAAUAAUGGCCAGGAAGGCCAAGGACGAAGCUGAAGCCUCGAACCUUGCCAAACACCGAGAAACCGGAGCCAUCAUUGAGUGCCAGUGCUGCUUUGACGGUGAGGUGCCUCUGAACCGCGUGGUUUCUUGCACGGCCGAUCGACCACACUUCUUCUGCUUUACCUGCGUUGAAGGCCUUGCUGACAAUCAGGUGGGGUUGAUGAGGUAUGAAAUGAUGUGUAUGGACGCUAGUGGAUGUACUUCCGAGCUUUCUAACGAAGGCAUCGCCCGAGCUGUUCCAACGUUGACCUUUGAUCGUCUCGAACUCAACAAGCAGCAAGCUGAAAUCGUCGCGGCCGGCAUCGAGGGUCUGGAAGGUUGUCCGUUCUGUGAAUACAAAGCCGUCUGCGAAGACGUCAGGGAGGAGCCUCUCUUCUAUUGUCAAAAUCCUGAUUGUUCUCGUGCCACGUGCAGAAAAUGUCACAAGGACAAUCAUCUCCCCAAGACCUGCGAAGAGAAUGCGAAAGACAACGUUCUGUCUGCCCGUCACCUUGUUGAAGAAGCCCGAUCCGAUGCGGUCAUGCGCACAUGCCCGAAAUGCAAAGUCAAGAUUAUCAAAGAAUUCGGCUGCAACAAAAUGAUGUGCUCGCAAUGUGCAUGCAUCAUGUGUUACGAAUGCAAAGAGGACAUCUCAUCAUUAGGAGGAAAUCCUUACCACCAUUUCAACCGGCCAGGAGCGAAAUGUUCCUUGUAUGACCAAGAGGGCAUCGUUCGGCACGACCAGGAAGCCAAUCAGGCAGAGAAGGAAGCCAUCGAUAAAGCCAAAGCCGCCGACGCCAACCUGGAUGAAGACAAACUGCGGAUCGACACUGGCCAAGAGAAGAAACCUACUUUGGCAGAUCACCCUGCUGCUGAUGUCUUCUAUCGAGACAUGAAUAAUCGUGCUGCACGAUUGAAUAAUCGCCAAAGAGAGCUACAGAAUAUGAUGACCCGCUACCGUGCUGCGCAAGAGCUCCGACCAAAUCCCGCUUUAGAGGCUGCUUUUGACCAAAUACAUCGAGUGGGGGAACAAAGAGAAAACCAUUUCGGUGACCUGCGAAAGGGGGUAGAAGAUCUCCGUCGCCUCAAUGAAAUCCAUCGACAAGCUGUUGUUGAUGGGGCUCGACUUGAUUUUCCACCAGGUUUCCGUCCGCGGCUGCACAAUCCAAAUCGGCAACUCGAUUUCGACUUGUCCGGUCUCAUGCCACUGCUACCAAUGAUGGCGAGUCCGGGAGGCGAACAUGUUGGUGCCCAGACAAACGACAAUCGUCCACUUGCAAUGACUCCACGAAUGGCACCUCCGAUGAUCCAACCUCCAGCAGUGGGAGCGAUGACGCCUCAGGAUCCUGACGAUGACCUCGCACGUCUUGCAGCCGCUGCAAGUGGCGUUCGAAGAGCUGCAGAUAUUCUCGAACGUGAUGGCAAUACUCCACGAUAUGGACAUCGUCAUGGACACCGUUAA